AUGUCUUCCAAUGCCGAAGUUGAAGCUGCGCCUCUCGCUGCUCACAAAGACAAAGGCAAAGGCAAAGCUCGCGAUGUCACUGAGCGGACGCCACUUCUCGCUUCUAGCUCUUCCAACUCCAUUCCUACAGAAAAUUCAAUGCCUCGUGGUCAAAUUCGGCGACUAGGAAUUCGACUGGUUUGUAUAUUUUUAACCGCUCUACUAAUAUGUAUAUGUGCAUUAGCGAUAAUUGUGAUCCUUGCUUGGUCUUACUCUUCUCGAGCAUCAGAUAUGUCUCCGGACGACAUAUUGCACAAAGCACUGGUUAUGCAGGGACCUGACCGGGUCAACGUAUUGAAUGUCUCUUCUUCUGAGGGGAUUUGGGUUCACGUUGAGGGGAGGUUUGGAUUGGAUGCGGGAGCUGUUGUGGGAGUUAACUCUGCCCCUGGAGAUGGAAUCCUUGAUAGGAUAUGGAAGUCUUUAGGCCGUUGGGGAGUGCGGAAUCUGGACAUUGUCUCCGUUUGGACUUCAACAAUCAAUAUAACAACCCGCUCGGACCCUCCUGUGUUCCUUGCUGCCGUCGACAUACCUCCUCUACAAAUUCCAUUGACAGUCGACCCACCAUCAGGGUACAGUUGGCUUCAGCAUGUAUCUGCACCCGUUCUUAUUCGACCUACUUCAAAGACAUCCGAUUUACUUCGCUUUGCUCAAGACUCUUGGAGGAAUGGACAAAUAAUGGUUCAAACUGAAAUGUCAACGAUUGAUGUUCGUGGCGGUGAGCUUGCCGCUCUAAGCUGGAAAAGUAGGCUCCAUCGCCAAUUAUCAGAUGUCGAAACGGCAUUGUCCAUUAAAAUUCCUGACCUCCCUGGUUUUCCCCAUCCCGAUCGAAAUGCGCCUAUUCCACCUCUCGCCGAUCUGGUCACCCUUCGUUCCUUUCAAUUAUCUAGUGCGGUAGAGAAACUAGCUAUACAAGCUGUCGCCACCAUGGUCGAUCCUGCACCAAUAAACUUCAACGUCACAGUCCCAACGCUACCAUUCGUUGUCUCCCUUCUAUCUAAAUCUUCUUCUCUGACACCAAUAGCUUCAGUGCAGACUGAUCCUUUCGCGCUCACUCAUCCUAAUAUUACCCUCAGUAUCACUGGGCACGUCUUGUCUCUCCCACCAGAUGCAUUCCCCGUUCUAUCCGCAUUUCUAACGCAUUACCUCGCCGGUCGCUCCAAUCUAAUUUCCAUUUCUACACCUCUCGUCUCAGAUAUGACUAUUGAAGCGAACUUCCCCGCUCCUAACCCCAAACCUCAAAUUCUUCGGAAUGUCACCAUCCAUGACAUGAAGAUAAAGCCAGGGAACACGUUCUUGGCUAGUGGCACGGUUUUGGCGCACGUCGUUCUACCGAAAGGCAUGGACGUUGAUAUAGAUGUGAAACGUGUCCUACCAGACGUGUUGGUAUUCGAUGGUGAAGUACCCGAUGAUGUUCAUAUUGGUACUCCACCUGUUCAGCCUCUACCUAACCCACUUCCGGAGGGAGCAUUCGGUCAUAUAAGACCUGACGAUUGGUUAAAGUCGCGUUGUGUGUCAAUAGACCACGAGGAAGGACAAGGAUCUUCGUAUGCAGUAUCUGCAAAGAUUGUUGAUGUUCCCCUUGAAGUUUUACCUGGUCGACAGAAGGAAUUUAGUGACUUUGUUAGCAAGAUUAUUUUCGGAAAAGGUGCUGUGGCGGGGAUCCUCGGUACUGCUGCGGUUGGACUUGACGUGCACGGGAUCCCGACCCAAGGACCGGGGCCUUCAGAUGGGAUGGAGCUCAAUGGGUUGCCUUUCCGUGGCAGCGUCCAGCUAGGCAAAGGAAAUCUAUUUCAUCAUGUAGCUUCUGCAACGACUGAAAAGUGGACCGAAGUUUGGCAGAAAUUUAUACCUCACCAUCAUUCGCUUUGA